CUGGGAUUCUGCGGGAACGGGGAGAUUGCAGAACGCCAUCUUUAAACCCCACAAGAGGCCAGCUACAGUUGUGCACCGGGAUGAAAAACACUAUACCUAUAGCGGGAUAUUAGGUCAGAUCGUGGACAUUGUAUGAUUGUUUCCCGGUGAAGUCAAUAAUAAAGAAGUGUGCGAUGGGACUGUGAGGAGAAGGUCACUGGACACCGCGAAAGCCUUAAAAUGUUGUUACCAUAGGCAGACAACAACAAUAGACGGAAAGACAACAACAACGGACUAGCUCGCUAGCAGCUUGCCAAGCACUGCGCUGUUUUCUAACGCUAACUGAAGGCUAGCUAGCGUUAGCUACUUCAUUAGCAAAUCAGUCCGGUUGCGGUGAAUUUUGACCGGACGCGGUUCAUAGCUGGGUUUGGGGUACCCAGCUACAUCUCCCGGGACAGUCCGUCGUUUCUUUGUCACUUUUUACAACCGUUUUUGUACUGAAAUUUACGCUGUUGUUUUAGCUAGCUACAAGCUAAGUACCGACUUCUCCCCCUCCCCAGCGGCCCAGCCGGAGAUGCGUGGAAGAUGUCGGUGUCGGGGCUGAAGGCCGAACUGAAGUUUUUGGAGUCCAUUUUUGAUCCAAACCACGAACGAUUCCGGAUAAUUGACUGGAAACCUGACGAGCUGAGUUGUCAAUUUAAUGUAACUGGGGAAAAGUUGUUAAUUAUCCACUGUAACAUUACGGAGUCUUAUCCAUCUACGCCGCCAAUAUGGUUUGUGGACUCUGACGACCCGAGCUUGGCGCAAGUUUUGGAGAGGCUGGAGGAUGUGCGAAAAGGCAGCACCCUGCUUUUGCAGCAGUUGAAGAAACUCAUUUGUGACCUUUGUCGGCUGUACAACCUUCCCCAACAUCCCGAUGUGGAGAUGCUGGAUCAGCCCCUGCCUGCAGGCCCUGUGGGACCAGACCGAAAGCAUGGAACAGAGGAGGUAACAUCUGAAGAAGAAGAGGAGGAGGAAAUGGGAGAAGACAUCGAGGAUCUGGACCACUAUGAAAUGAAAGAGGAGGAGCCUGUGGAUGGGAAGAAAUCUGAGGAUGACGGGAUUGAAAAGGAGAAUCUGGCAAUCCUGGAGAAGAUCCGAAAGAACCAGCGACAGGACCACCUAAAUGGAGCUGUGUCUGGUUCAGUGCAAGCCUCUGACCGCCUCAUGAAGGAGCUUAGAGAGAUCUACAGGUCUCAGAGUUACAAGACAGGUAUCUAUUCAGUCGAGCUUGUUAAUGAUAGCCUGUACGAAUGGCACGUCAAACUAAGGACGGUGGAUCCAGAUAGUCCCUUACACAGCGAUUUACAAGUCCUGAAAGAAAAGGAAGGAAUGGAUUACAUUUUGCUAAACUUCUCAUAUAAAGAUAAUUUCCCCUUUGAUCCACCGUUUGUCCGGGUAGUUUCGCCUGUGCUUUCUGGAGGUUAUGUUCUUGGAGGAGGCGCCCUGUGCAUGGAACUUCUCACCAAGCAGGGUUGGAGCAGUGCCUAUUCCAUUGAGUCUGUCAUCAUGCAAAUCAAUGCCACUUUAGUCAAAGGAAAAGCCAGAGUGCAGUUUGGAGCCAAUAAAAACCAGUACAAUCUUGCCAGAGCACAGCAGUCCUACAAAUCCCUGGUUCAGAUCCAUGAAAAGAACGGCUGGUACACACCCCCCAAGGAGGACGGCUAAUACAGACUGUUGCCUUUCCUGCACUGGGACCACAUGUCUUAGAUUUUUUUUUUCUUUUCCUCGCGACCAAUAUUGUUUUUAUCCUGCAAACUUUUUUUUGCUCUCUACACGACAGUUUGAACUCCAAACCAAAUUCCUCAUCCAGUGACCACCCAAAAACUAGCACACGAACACAGACGCAGUCACCCCUGCCUGAAAUUUACAUCCAAGCUCAUCAGCUGCUCGCAAGGGUGUCCUCUCUUCACAUAUUUAUCUCUCUGUACAUCUAUUGUCUGAUGCAAUAUGAUUUUCUUUUUUUCUGUUGCGACAUUCACCCCAUAACUCCAGGAAAUCAGUGGACUAAAUACCGCGUGAACUCACCAUUUGGUUUUGGCAUUGCGCAUGCCAAGGUUACUUGCUGGCUGUGAGUUGAAAGGUGCGGCAUGGCUUUAUCCUCCAGCAGUGGCAGUCUGAAGCUCCAGCUGCGGUAACACUGCCUGUCUGGCCACAGGUUGGAUCUGAGAAUGGCAUGCGACAUUCCCCGACAUGAUGCAGUGGUAGCUGGGAUGGACAUUUAAACGCUGGUGUUGGGGGGGGGGGGGGGGGGGGGGACGGCGCCUUUUCUCUCGAUGGAUGGCCUCUAUAAUAUUGUGCUCAUGUAUUAUCUUUAUAAUGCCAAGACACCUCCUCUGGAAUAACAAUGCUUCUGAGGCUAGUUUGCUUUGAAACCUCUUCUCUUUUUAAGCUUGAAGCCCUGAGGUGGGGAGGAAGAGACUUUUUGCAGCGUGGGCGGGACAGCCGAUAAUGAAGAACAGCAUCCUGCUGAGCUCCGAACUCGGAGACCACUGGCAUCAUCACAACCAGCAGCUGGACCGCUCCCUGCAGGAGAGGCUGGGUUUGUGGCUAGUCUGGCAACAUAAAAAACAGGAUCAGGCAAAGCAGGGGGACGUGUUUGGAUUGGAUCACACUGUAAUGUAGUUGAUUUUAACUCCACGUGUAAACAUGUAAAUUUGUAUUUCUGCAAAAGGAUUUAAUUGUUUAUAAUGUAACCUUGUCUGGGUCUUUGACUGGACAGAGACUGUAUUACUAUAUACCCUUGACUAUUAAUGCAGGGGCACUGCAACUUCUCAAGACCCAUUUAGAAUAAGAAAAAGUUGCUUCAUGGAUACUCUUGCAGAAGGAAACAAAAGUACACCAUGUUCUUAUGUAAGCUUAAUGACUACUGCGGUUUUGUUCUUUUUUUUAUAUUGAUUUGUAAACUUUAUGUUAUUGGCAACAGUGACAGCACCAUUCCCCUCAUUUUAAAGCACCUCUUAACUGCAACCGCCGUAACAGUAAUGACAGACGCAGCUGUGUCUAUUCAUAUCUAAUCACUCAAACCAGAUGAACCUCAGUAAGGCUAUGCAGUGAAGACACAGUCUUGUGGAAUUUUUAAAAGAAAAUUAGUCUUAACAGCGUAGUCACCUGCUUAGUUCCUGUAGCUGGUUCACAUCCUGACUACUUUGCCAAUUUUUUUCAGUCUGGGGGGAAAAAAAAAAGAAGUGACCUUUACCUUCUGACUUUUCCUUGGCCUCAUGGCUGCUUUAAAAUGCAGCCAGAGUUAGAAAUUCACAGCAAUAGUCUUGACCAUAUACCUUCUAGCUUCACACCUGGGGAGACCAACUGGAGUCUGUUCCAUUUCCAGAAUAUUUGUUCAGGGUUGAUAAAUAUUUGUUGAGAUUUGCCACAAGAUAGACUCAGCCCUUCCCAUCAGCACCUCCUUGGUUUCUCUUCAUGACCACUCUCGGCACUGUUGUACCCCCUCAGCGUGCUGAGGCUUUGAUGUAAUGUGAAUAAUAUGCAGAAAACUGUGUGGAGCAUUCCAAUUAAUGCAGUUACACGUUUGUUGUGGGUGUUCUGUUGUGUGGUUACUUGCAUUGUUUUAAGUAUAUUGUCCUGAUGAUCAGCGUAGAAAGCUUAGUUAUGCUAUUUCAUACAGUCAUUCCUCAUUUUUGAGUUGAUUUAGAAUUUCCUCAGUGAUACUAACCUCAGUCACAACAGUUCGAAAUGGGUAUAAAAUAUACCGCUCGUUCACAUUCGGCACGUCUGACCUCGGUUUGGGCUUGCAGGAUAUGACUGCUUCCUUUUUCUUGUUUCGCCACGAGCAAAAAUCUCAACUUGACUAUGGAUCAUUGGCAUGGUUGUUAGCUGUUGUGAUGCGCAUUGGUAAUGUACUAAUCACUUCAUUCCGGUCACAUUGUCGAGCCCACCCCCGCAUUCUCUGGAGAAGCAAACUCAGGAAUACAUACUGCACACUUUGCAAAGGAUUGCUUCAGAAUAUCGCCAUGAAAUGCAAGAUUGAAUGUGUCAAUCUUUUGUUGGGCCAUUUUAAAGCGAUGCCCCCGUUUUACCUGCAGGCAUUGCAGUGUGUUUUGCUGUCAAAAUUGCACACGCUUAGAUUUUUUUCCGAUUGCCAUCGAGGCUGAUAAUUAUUAAGUAAGUAUCGGGGAUGAUCAGAUACGCGGAGCACAGACUUGGCUCCGGCCCUCCGAUCGUCCCGUGCUUAACGAGGGGUCCAGGACACAUCUACCCUUUUCUCUUUGAUAUUGCUGUAUUUUGCAUGUCAAUAUAUCAGUGGGUAUUUUCCCCCCCUAAGCUACAGAAGACAGAGUGAUUGGGUGGUUUAGACUAGAUGUAUCCAUUUUUUUCAUGACUUGUUCACUUGUGCUUUCCUGCUACAUGAGUGCACAGGGUAAUUCCCCACUGUGCGCUAUUUAUUGAAGCAGGUCAGAUGCUAUAAAUGAGACACAUGGACAUAGAAAGACGGCUUACCUGCUCAGAUUACCUUUCAAGGUGCCAGGAUUUCCCAACAAAAGCAGCAGUUCAGAUUUGUGUGCCAUCAGAACAAUUGUAAUCCUUCAACCUGACCUUUGGAAUAACGGUGUAUUCAAGUCUGUUGUGCACUGAAUAGCAGCUUCUUAUACACCUGAACUAACAAAAAAAAAAAAAAAACCUCAGCUUUGACAAGUGACAUAUUGGUCUGAGGACUGAACUAGCCUGAUACUGGGUUCUUUACCUUGCUUCAUUAACUGCGGUGGCCGGGUUAUAAAGUUAUGCACUGUUAGCAUGCUUUGGUCUGGUUUCAUUUUUUUUCCAUUGCAAGGGUGAUUUUGACCAUGUAAAGUAAUUUGUAAACUUGCAUCAAGUUUAUGAAUAAAGAAUUUUAUGAAAUAUC